AGAACAGCAAAAACCCAUCAUGGCUAACGAGUUCAGGUCCGGCUCGUUUUGGCGGGCUGUGCUUGCCGAGUUUGUUGGAAUGACCCUCUUCAUCUUUCUAGGCCUGGCAUCCGCUGUUGGCAACAAGAACAACGAUAAACCGGACCAGGAGGUGAAAGUGGCCUUGGCCUUUGGUUUGGCCAUCGCCAUGCUGGCUCAGAGUCUGGGUCACAUCAGCGGAGCCCACCUGAACCCGGCCGUGACUCUGGGCAUGCUGGUCAGCUGCCAGAUCAGCGCGCUGAAGGCUGCUCUCUACGUCGUAGCGCAGAUGCUAGGCGCAGUCGUGGCCAGUGGCAUCAUGUCCAAGCUGACCCCAGGAGAAACUUCACUCGGAGUCAACAGCCUGGCUGCUGGUCUGACUCCAGUACAGGGUUUAGGAAUUGAGUUUUUGGCAACCUUCCAGUUGGUUCUGUGUGUCCUCGCCACAACAGACAAGCGCCGAAAUGACGUGACUGGAUCUGCACCCCUCGCUAUUGGACUCUCUGUGGUUUUGGGGCACCUGGCUGCAAUCAGUUACACAGGCUGUGGCAUCAACCCUGCACGCUCGUUUGGACCUGCUGCCAUCACAGAGUAUUUCGACAACCAUUGGGUGUACUGGGUGGGACCCAUGCUGGCAGGUGUGAUCGCUGCUCUGCUGUAUGACUUUGCAUUGCAGCCCCAUAGUGAGCCCUACAUCAAGCGUGCCAGAGCCCUGAAAGGCUACACAGAAGUGCCGACGACUGAUUCUGGCGAGGGGACGUCUCAGUGGCCUAGACAGUAACACCGACCCCGAUAAUGUAAACCCAAAAAUGAAACGUUAGUUUGAUCUUUCAUAACCAAACGUAUGCAGUUUCACCCACCCCCACCCCAAAUGCUGAUCAGCUGAGACAUGUUUGAUGGAGUUACAAGGUUAAGUUAUGUAAUGAAAGCUUGAAUUUUAAUGAAGUUUUUCUAUGCAAAACAUGUCACUGUUGUCAGAAGAAAACCUCGUAUCUCCAAAAUGAUUUCCUUACUUUACAGGAGAAGGAAAAA